CAGAAUCUCGCACACCCAGACACGCAGACUGCGCACUGGCCUGGGUCUGGUUAUGUUGUGCAUAGGGGCGUCCUUCCACCACCUCGACAUGUGCAGCACCACAUCUUUUAUCUCGUCGCCAUUCCCCUCACCCUCCCCUCCAUCCUCAACACCAUCGCUCCGUUCUCCUUUCUGGUGAAUCAUCAAAGGAGCUGCUCACAUCCUGUGACACGUUUGGACUCUUCCGUCACUCAUCCCUGGCUCGCGAUGGCCUUCGAUCCCACCCACCCACCUCACAUUCUUUGAACCAUAUUAUUUUCUCUACUGCUCGCUGAUACCACUAUCGCCUAUUUCGACGCUCGCGCUCUCUACCCCCUUUGGUUUCAUCGUCCAAACUACUCCUGUAGUCAAGGAGAAAAAGCAAGGAAAUUGCCACCAUGCCGUUCAACUCAGCCCUCAAGCUCAAGUCGAUCCUCGCCCUCGCUGCUUCGCUCGGCCUGCUAUCUGCCAGUGGAGCCUCGGGAGCCAAGGGAGGCACAAUCCAAGUCGUCAGCCAGAAUGCUGGCAUUUCUGCGCAGAUGAUGUUCCUCGGCACCGACAGCACCGUGUAUAUGCUUGACAAGGCCGAGAAUAACCCAGCGAAGGUCAACGGCCACCCUGCGUGGGCGACCGUGUAUGACUUCAAUUCGAACACAUACCAGAGCAUGGACGUCAGCGCCAACCCCUUCUGCGCUGGCGGCGCUGACCUCGGUGACGGCCGCAUGCUCGUCACUGGUGGCAACAAGGCUGUCGGUUCCGGCGGCGGCACCGUUGAGGAGGGCAGUGGGCCCUACCAGGACUACGAUGGCGGUCACGCGAUCCGCACUCUCAAGCCGGGCUCGGGCGCCACCUGGAAGAUCUCGCCCAACGCUCUGAAUGCCGAGCGUUGGUACCCGACCGUUGAGCCACUCAAGGACGGCUAUGUCAUGAUCAUUGGUGGCAUGAGAGAUGGUGGAUACGUUCCAACGUCUGGCUCGGUCACGGCUUCGUACGAGUUUUACCCACCAAAAGGUGAUGGGCGGUCGCGCAACCUUGACUUCCUCAACCGGACGACUCCACUCUCGCUGUUCCCCAUUAGCUUCCUCAUGUCCAACGGCGAGAUGUUCAUGCAAGCCAACAAGCAGGCCAUCCUCUGGAAUUACCAAAAGCAGAGCGAGACGCGUCUGCCCAACGCCCAGGUCCCUAAGGUCUACCCAGCCUCGGCGGGUUCGGUUCUGCUCCCCCUCGAGCCGGACAGCAACUACCUUGAGACGGUCCUCUUCUGCGGUGGCCUGUCGCUCGGUUCAGCCAAAAAAUGGGGUAACGAGGGUGGCGUCGGACAGCAAAUUACCAACGUACCCGCGAGCACCAUCUGCGAGCAAAUUGAGCCGGUCAAGUCCCAAACCUGGGAGGCCGUCGACAACCUUCCGUCGGGUCGCUCCAUGGGUCAGUUCAUCACCCUUCCAGACGGCAAACUCCUGUUUAUCAACGGUGUCAAGAAGGGAACUGCGGGUUACAAUACCGACCCCAGCAGCGUUGGUAAGCCUGUUGGCCAAUCCUACGGUGACGAUCCAGAGUACACGCCUUACCUGUACGACCCGAAGGCAACCAAGGGCACGCGCUGGUCCGCCGCAGGCGGAAAGCUGUUCGACGGGCGGUUGUACCACUCUUCCGCAACGCUGCUGCCUGAUAGCUCUGUUCUCAUCGCGGGCAGCAACCCGAAUGCCGAUGUGACGACAACGCACUGGAAGACGACCUACUCGGUCGAGCGCUGGUACCCCACAUGGUAUGACCAGACGCGUCCAUCGAACAGCGGCCUUCCGUCGAGCUUCAGCUACGGUGGCGACGGCUUCCAGCUGAUCUUCUCCAACCCCAACGACGCCGCAAAUGCCAAGGUCAAGAUCAUCCGCACCGGCUUCAGCACGCACGCGAUGAACAUGGGUCAGCGCUCCAUCACGCUGCGCAGCGUCGCAAAGGGCAACACGCUCUACGUCGGGCAGCUACCCAACAACCCAAACCUCUUCGCGCCGGGUCGCGCCCUCGCGUUCGUGGUUGUCAAUGGCGUCGCCAGCCAGGGCAAGUUUGUCAUGGUCGGCAACGGGAAGAUCGGUACGCAGCCCACGUCGGCGGACACGCAGCUGCCCUCAGUCACGACUAUCAAAAAGACGCCCUCAUCUUCAAUAGAGAAAAAGCAGGCAACCAAAAAGACCCACAGCACCGCCACGGCCGCUGACACCCCUGACGACACCAUCAAGAACGAGCAUGCGUACACUUCUGCCAAAGUCCCGUCGGCUGAGGAGAGCAAGGAUAUUGCGGAGAGCUUCGGCUCUGGCCUCGCAUCGCACCGAAGGCGCCGCGCUCACUCGAUCAACGGCGAGGUGUUCUAAAGUUAUUGAAUCACCCCUCUUCCUCCAGAUCGAUAUCCCCCUUUCGCCUAUCGCCCUUCUUGCUCUGCAAGCACCCUUAGCUCUGCUGAGCUCCCCUUUGACUUCACUUUCCGAACGAGCGAGUAUUAUGCAUUGUUGCGAGGGAAAGUUGAACAGGCGGAUAUGUACGCCCCCUCCCCUUUUGGAUCCCAAUUUGACCCUAACGCUUUCCAGCAAGACAGUUCUUUGAUAUAUGAUAUUGUGUAUUUUCUUUGACACCGUGAUUCGUAUCCGUACACCAAGCGUUGUGCAG